AUCGAAAAAUAACAAGUGAGAAACACUGAGAGAGCUGAGCUGAGCUUCAUUCUUCAAUUACUUUCCCUUCAUCUCAAUGGCCACGAAAACAACUUCCACUACUUCUCGUAAUCAGGGUGCUUCUGCUGCAAUGCCUCAACAUGUGUUCAUGGUGGGUAACAACAAUGCAUUGGAAGAAAUUAAGGACAAGCUCACCAACUCCUCAAAAGAAAGAGAAGUCAUCUCCAUCACAGGAAUGGGAGGUAUUGGCAAGACGACAUUGGCAAAAAAUGUUUAUGAAGAUAAAGACAUCAAGCGUCAUUUUGACAUUCGAGCAUGGAUUACUGUGUCUCAAUCUUAUUCCUUGGAUGAUUUGCUCCGAGUGCUCCUCCAAUCAAUUGACGUUUCUUCUCCAACAGAAGAACAAUCUGUGCUCCUCCAAUCAAUUGACGCUUCUUCUCCAACAGAAGAACAAUCUGCAGGAACCUUUGAACUCAAGGAUAAAGUCCGUAAGUUGUUGCUUGGAAAGAGGUAUCUAAUUGCAAUAGAUGACAUAUGGAGUACACAAGUUUGGGAUGAUUUGAAGAUAUGCUUCCCAUCAGAAAAGAGAAAUGGGAGUCGAGUAUUGUUGACAACUCGACUCACAAAUGUGGCUACUCAUGCUAGUUCUGGUGGUCUCCCAUUUAGCAUGCCUACCCUAAGCAAAGAAGAAAGUUGGGAUCUAUUUUGCAAAAAAAUAUUUGCAAAAGAAUCUUGCCCUCCUAUUGAAUUUCAGGAAAUUGGGAGAGAUAUUGUGAUGAAAUGCAAAGGAUUACCACUCUCAAUUAUCUUGAUGGCUGGGAUUCUAUCCAAAGCUAAAAUGAAGGUGGAGGAUUGGGAAAAUGUUGCCAGAGAUGUAGCAUUAUCAUCAACUUUAUAUGAGGAGCAAAAUUGUGAGAAAAUACUUUUGUUGAGUUACAAUCACUUGCCUGAAAAUUUGAAGACUUGCUUCUUAUAUUUAGGAGUAUUUCCAGAAGAUUAUGAGAUUCCCGUUCGAAGAUUAGUUGGAUAUUGGGUCGCUCAGGGAUUUGUAGAAGAUGAUGAGGCUUUGGUGGCUAACAAUAAAGAGGAAGUGGGAUGGCAAAAGUUGCAAGAUCUUAUUGAUAGAAAUUUAAUUUUUGUGGAAAAAAGGGGAUGCUGUGGAAGAAUAAAGACGUGUAAGAUCCAUGACCUUACACAUGAGAUGUGCUUGAGACUAGCUAAAGGUAAAAAUAUAUUGCAUGUUAUUGACGACAAGUUUCAUGUUGGACAGUCCUCCAAAGAAAUAAGCCAAGAAGAAGAAGAAAAUGGCAAUUUUUGGGUAAGCCUACAAUCAAUUUCUAAUAUUAGUCGUUUAGAUUUUGAGCAUAGGACACUCCAGAAAUGCCAUUCCUUUCUUGCUAUGUUUCCAUCUAAAUAUGGAUUCGGAUAUGAUGGAGGAAGUCCGAUCUUUACCAAUUACUUGUUCACAGCAACAUCAAUUCAAGUACUUGACCUCCAAUUUGUUUUUCCCUAUUUGCCUGCAUCUCUUUGGAUAAAUAACUUAAGUCAGUUGAGGUAUCUAGCUUUGCACAUUAGUGCAUUUUCUGGUUCCCUCUCAAUUUUAAGCAGCUUGAAAAAUCUACAAACGUUGAUUCUGUAUAGUGCAAGACCUUAUGGAGUAGUAUACUUAACCCUUCCAAAGACACCACAAUUAAGGGAGCUUUGCAUUUUGAAAGGACCUUCAUUUCAUUUUAAAGAUGAUGAAGAGAAUUUGAUAUUGGAGAAUCUGACAACGUUUUUGUGGUUAAGUGACUUAUGUUGCAACAAUGAAGCGCUGAUGGUGAGGAUUCCGAAUGUAAAGAAAUUGGGGGUAAGAUAUGAAAAGCCCAAGCGUAGAGACAAUAUGCAUCCUAUUGACUUGCUCCAUACUUUAAGCCAUUUGGAACAACUCGAAGACAUCAGGUUUUAUGGAUAUCAAUCGUUAAGGUACAAUAGGCUAGUUUAUAUUCCAAAACCAUAUGAUUUUCCACCGAAGCUCAAGAAGUUGAAAUUUUCUAACACUUGGAUGAUAUUGGGGAUCACGAUGACCAUCCUUGGAAGGCUACCUAACCUCGAAGUUCUCCAACUAAAAUGGAAUGCCUUUGAUGAUUCAGAGACCGAGUGGGAACAAGUUGAAGAGGGGUUUCCAAAAUUGAAAGUGUUAGUCUUCCAAUCUCAAAGUCUUUGUAGAUGGAAAGACAGCGAUUUCACUUUCCCAAGCCUUGAGUGCCUCGUGCUAAAGAAUUCCUCCUUGAAAUCACUCCCUUAUGAGAGCCUUUCUGGAUGUCCAUGCCUUAAGAUAAUUCACUUGGAAGGGCUUUGUAGUGAUGGUGUUUUAGAGUCUGCAAAGAAAAUUCAAAAUGAUGGAGAUGGCCUGCUCGAGGUCCGCGAAGAAAAUAUUUAUAUCAUGGGGGCGUUUCUUGACCUGUGAGUGCAACCGGAUACCACUAGACCACAAGGUCUUGGCAAUUGAAGAGAGUGGAAACAACAAGCUAAGCAUUACAUGCUCUUCUACCACUUUGAAGGUAACUUUGAUGACUCACCAUCAAAUCAACCGAAGCACUCACCCAUACAUACCUCUUAGCUCCGAUCCCCUGCCACCUACUCCCCCAAAACAAAUCCUAAGCUCUGUCAAUUUUGUUGUGAUUUAAGAGCAUUUAACUUUCUGGAAAUUGGAAGCAUGCAAAUAUCCUGGAUCAAAAGAGCAAUGCUACUAAUGUUGUGGAUCACUGGAUUUGGCCAGUUGCCGGGCGAAUACAAAUGAAUACGGAUGCAUCUUUGGACUUGAACAACAAUGAAAUGGAUGGGGUUAGGAUGGAUUUUGCGUGAUGAUGAAGGAAAAUUCUUGGCAGCAAAAAAUGUUCGGUUGGAUGGAAUAUAUAGUGUCAAAGAAGCUGAGACUAUCAGUUUGAGGGAGGCUCUAAGUUGGCUUAAGGACACUGAUAUGGGUAGUUGGCAUCGAUGAUUAAUGAUGUCGAAUUUCGUUUUGUCAAACGAUCUGCGAAUUGUGCCGUCCUUACUGUUGUUAGGGAAGUCUUUUCUAUGUCAGGUUGUGAGGAAUGGCUUGAUGUUCCUCCUAUUUUUCUUGUAAACUGUCUUACUCGUGAUUUAAUGAAUUAAGUUUUUAUCUUAAAAAAAAAAAA